GCCUGCCAGAGGCCUGAGAUGUGGACGGGGAGGAGACUGCAGAUAUGGGGUGGAACACUGUGGAGCAGUGGGUUCCUCCUGCAUUCACAGAAAACAUCAGAGCCGGCAGAGCUUGGAGCUAAUUGAAUCAAAGAUCCAAGCCGGUCCUUUCAGUGAUUCCAGUCAGACUACCUCCCAGAGAGACCAUGAGAGCCCUGCUGCUUCUCUGCAUGCCAGUUCUGCUGCUCGCUCAGCAGCAUUACUCAGAUCCGUUUAACUAUUCCGAACAAGAAUAUGACGAUUACUUUCCAGGGGGUCAGGAGUCUGAGAGUCCCGCUCCUCUUCCUGGAACGUAUCAGCAGCAGGUUCAGCUCGAGCCCUUGGUGCGUCCAGAGAAACCCGUAUCUGAGUUUGAGACCGAGCCCACGGAGCCUGGACCUCUUGACUGCAGGGAGGAGCAGUACCCCUGCACCAGGCUGUACUCGGUCCACAAGCCCUGCAAACAGUGUCUCAACAGCCUCUGCUUCUACAGCGUGAGGCGAAUGUACGUCAUCAACAAGGAGAUCUGUGUGCGCACCGUGUGUGCCCACGAGGAGCUGCUGAGAGCGGACCUGUGUCGUGAUCAGUUCUCUCGCUGUGGGGUCAUGGCGCUGAGCGGCCAGUGCGCAUCGCUGGCAGGAAGCUGUGGGAAGAGCUGCGGUGGAUGCUGAUGAUCAGGAACACCACUCGCCCGGAUACUGCCCCCCCCCCGCUCCUCCUCCUCCCCCCUGCAUCCUCGCUGUGCUUCUCCUGCACAAUCCAUUAAUCCUGUGCGAAAAGCAUCUUGAAAACUUUUCACGCUUCGACCUUAGCGUCUCUGUCUGCCCAGUAAACCCCGUCUGCAUGGACGAACAUCCUCAACACUGAUGCUCUGGUGCUAUGAGAACUCAGAGGUGCACAAUAAACCGUGAGAUGCCUUAUUUUAAACGUCAAAUAUGAUAUUUUGCAUAAUGUGAUAUCAUUAUCUCACAUUUUUGUACUGUAGCUUCAUUAAACAAGCAGUGACUGCCACAGUCCAUGCAGAAACCACAUCCACAUGUAGUGAUGAUGAGUCUUUGUGUUGAGUGUCUUGAGUGAAGCAGAUGGUGAGUGACCUCAGUUUUUGCCUCUGUGCUACUGCUUUGUGAAACUAACACAAUAAACACUGAGGGUAAAGAAA